AUGGCGGCUUUGAUAUUUAAGAGAGUUUUUUUCGUUGCAAUGUUGAUGACAUUGGCAUGUCAAGUCAUGUCUUCGGGAUUCCAAGAAGCCGAGAUUGCUUUGAAACAUGAGGAAUGGAUGGUUCGGCAUGGACGGACUUACAGGGACCAGACAGAGAAGGAGAUGCGUUUUGAGGUAUUUAAGCAAAAUCUCGGGCUGAUUGAAAAAUUCAACAAGGAGGGCAAUCGGUCAUACAAAUUAGGCAUCAAUCGGUUUUCAGACUUGACUCAGCAAGAAUUCGUUGCUUUGCAUACUGGGUACGAAAACGUAAGCCUGGAAGAAAUUCCAAGAUCGCUAGAUUGGAGGCGGAGAGGAGCUGUAACUCCUGUGAAAAACCAAGGCAAUUGCGGAUCUUGCUGGGCAUUUUCCGCGGCAGCAGCUUUGGAGGGAUUAGUGAAACUGAAAUAUGGUUAUUUGGUCUCCCUUUCGGAAGAACAAUUAAAGGACUGCAUCCCAUAUGGUGACGGACUUUGUUCUGGUAACUGGCCAUCGAAAGCUUUUGAGUAUAUUACAAAAAAUGGAGGUAUCAGCUCCUUUAAUAACUACCCAUAUUAUCCAAGGCAAAGGUAUUGUACAUGGGCACCGUCAGUCCCAGGUACUCAAAUACGUGGAUACGAAAUAGUACCACCCAAUGAAAUGUCAAUGCUAAAAGCUGUAGCGAUGCAGCCAUUGUCAAUUACCCUUUCUGCAGGAAGUCCAGCCUUCCGUUUUUACUCAAGUGGUAUACUCGAUGAAGAUUGCUAUAUUGAAGAAAUCGACCAUGCUGUUACUCUGGUUGGGUAUGGAACUAGUGAAGAUGGGAUCGAUUACUGGUUAGUUAAGAAUUCGUGGGGUGAGGCUUGGGGUGAAAGAGGCUACGUUAGGAUAAAGAGAAAUUCUGCUGAUCCGCGGGGAACUUGUGGUGUUACUGCCGAGUUCCUACAUUUCCAUUUGCAUAAUUAACCAGACUCUCUCUCUCUCU